AGUUGGCAGCAGUGUAAAGCAAAACGGUGUGAAGUAACUUAAGUAACAUCCAAAAAUCGGAAAAUAAUUUCUGAAAUUAGUAUUUAGAGCAAUGUGGAUUUCUCCCUGUCUCCGCCGGCAACAUGCCCCAAGAGCCGAAGCAUUGGCUUGCGGCCCGCACGCGUGUGCUCGAUGCACACCGAGAAGGGCGUGACUGGGUGCUGGUUGCCGACUGCAACGGCAUCCCUCCCACUACUGCCCGCAACAUCGUCGAGGGCGGUGGAAGGGCGCUUGGGCGCAUGAUAUCCUAGUGAGCCCUUCACCCGUUCACCAUCUUCCGCUCUCCACAAACACAACUUGAUUGACGCGUGUUGUGUGUACAUCUUACGUAUGAUACGUCCACACCAUAGGCGAGGACUUGAUCGCGAGCUGAGCUUAUCUCCAGCGAGCAGGACAGUAUCAAGUUGAUACUCUCCUGCUAUGAGCGCUGUGCUUGAACGGUGGAUGCAGCCCGGCCCAGUGCAUUUUUGUGAACGGAUUUGCCAUGAAACCACGUCAUGAAAGUUGCGCUGAGUACCAUACACACUGCAUGUAUGUCCCCACCCCCGCUUGCAACAGCAUUGGGCUCUCGCCCGACAGCCUAAAGCAGAAGGAGUACGUGUUCCAUCGAACUUACACGAGAGUCAGCGGUGGUCAGAUCGCAGGCCAAAACGCGUUGGCACUACGAUCAAACCACUCGAGAAUGGAUUUCGUGCCAAAUCCUUUCCAGUCGUGUUGAAUCGACAGAAGGAAGCGUGUUCACCGAAGCUUCACCUCCACCGAGGCGAGCCUCGCAAUCGACCACGACGACUGGACCGAGACGCGCGUGGCUAGCGAGAACAAUGCGAGAUUCAAUCCCUCCCGGGGCCAAUUUUCGCGUCGAGGAACAAUUGCUCUCUGCACCCAACGGAAGCUCGGGCCUGUCCUGACAGUGGCUGGAUGAUAGUCGCACUUCAAUUCGGCCCCACCUCGCUAAAGACGAACGCUUGACCUGACCCGCACCACCUUUUCCUGCUUGGAAGAGUACCAUGUGCUUUUGAUGUCAAAACAUUGCCUUCGGCCGAGCAGCACUGGUCACAGGUCACUCUGCUCAAUAAUUGCCGCCGUUACGCUGGACUUGUGAUCAUGCGCACGCGUGAAAGGCUCAAAUGCGCGCCGGUUGUGUAAUGCUCAGUAGGGCGCCCUUUCAAAGUUUACCAUUGCUGCGGCGCAGUAAACCUUGCAUCUUGAUCCCCGACGACCGUGAGCUCGGUGAUCCACAGACGCCCGCAGUUAGCUAACAUCUUGGUGCUGUCAAAUGCGGCGGCGGCGCUAGAGAUACGAGCCGUGGGCCACUCGGUUUGUUUCCAGGGAUGCCGGCGUGCUCCUUCCAGUCCAGUCGGCGUCCGGCCCGUGAGAGGGCCCCACCUGAGCCCUCGAAGACUAUCUAUCCACCGUCCGUCGCCGAAAGUGUUCAACUCGCGGUCACCACUUUCCAUUCUGCGUGCCAAGUCGCUACCUGGCAGACAAUUUGACCCCCAUCCCGAGCCUCAAGCAUCAGGCUCUGAGACUCUGCGUGGCGAAAAUCAAGCGAGCAACGCGCGUAACUGGUUUCGGGUAGAGCUGAAAGCCGAGCGAGACACGGACCACACGAAACCGCAGCGCCAACUAGUUGGGGGCUGAAACGGGGGGGGAUCAAUCGACCACCAGUCGGCACUCUUGCAAUCGCCUCGUACCACACAGGCAGGACCACCAUGAAUGGCUCCAUGAGCUCAUUGACAGCGACCAUCACGUCGGCCUUGGCGCUCAAGCCGUCCACAGUCUACAUCUUGCGGGUUGAAGACACCAAGACGCGGAGGAGUUGGCACAUCCGCCGCUGCUUCUCCGAGUUCUGCGAACUGCGCGAGAAGCUCCUCGCACUCAUCGACGACGAGAUGGCCACGUACCUCACCAGCCCGGACAUGGACAACAUCGAGAGCAGCUUCAACACCAGGUCCAACGUCAGCUCGAGUGCCAGCGCUGGCUCCAGUGUCAGCACUUGUACCAGUAUCAACUCGCACCGCGGAAGGCAUCGCCAGACGCCGCCGUCCGACCGCUUCGCCUUCGUGUUCAAGCAGUUCCCGCCGCGAAAACUGUUUGGCUCACGCUCCAAGCGCGUGAUCGAGGCGCGAUCUCUGGCGCUCAACCGCUUCUUGCAGCAGGCUCUGGAGGUCGUCGAAGUCGUUCGCCAGCGCCAACUCAUCGCCAUUUGCUUCAGCAUGAUGACCCACAUCGAGACGUUCCUCGAGUGUGGAAGCCACCGAGCUGCGGCCCCGCGCGUCGCUCCGUCACGAAGUGUGGACUGCAGCAAUGUCAAACCUGCUCGACGAGGACCCGUGUCGCCCGGUGCAGCUAGGAGGACGUCGGCUGCGGCGUCACUCACCCCGGGAUUCCACCACUACCCGUUGGUACCGACUCCAGCCUUCGCGAUGACGGUGACGGACCACAAGUAUCAGUCCUGCACCAGCAGAUAUCACCUCAGCUCCAGCAGCGAGGAGGAUGCAGGCGGCAGUGACGACGAGACUCAGCGCUUCAACAACUUCGACUUCACGCGGAGGUUCUACCGUGAGUUCGGUCGCCAGGAAGAACGCGCGGAGAUUUACGCGGACGACUCGGACGACGACGAGGAGAUGCAGAUGCUCAAGAAGACAUGGAGCGCUAUGCUCGAGAGCGAAACACACGAGCGCAAACUGUACCACAGCGGCAGUCACUUCGCCAUGCUGGAAAGCGCACAGCACUCACCGACUGAGACGUGGGCGAGACGCAUCGAGAUCGCAGGCAUCCACAACGCAGUCAAAUCUAAUGCAACCUUGAGCGCCACCUGCCCAGUUAGCACACAGAAGGCGCCCGAGCCAGCGACUCACAGAGCAGAGCAGCUCCUAAGUCGCCACCGAUCACACCAGCAACUUCCAGUCCAGCACUUCCGGACCUGCGCUUGAGCUAAGUCUGCGUACAAAUACUCGUGACGAUAAGCUAGUUAGUGAAUUAGGAAGUGAGUUUGUGUGAAUUUCCACGCACAGCGCCACGGUUGGGAACGGCUGGAGUUUCAGGCCAUCGAAGGAAGUGGCCGCCAUCGUUCCCCAACUUGGCGAAACUAUGAAGUAGGAGAGAAGUAAUCUAACAGGUCAUAAGUACCAUUAAUUUGUCGACAUGCCCACACUCGCCGACUUUACAGUGGAUUCCAAAGCCUCCUCCUCCAGGAUCACCUUGUGUGCAAUCUGCACGAUGCGCUCGAAGGCCACGUCAGAGUACCGUCGCCAGCAGACGUGGUCGCGCCACUGCCGAGUUGGAAGCUGCGGCGUCGUCAAUCCGUGAAAUACCUUGGCCACAGCGUAACUCGUCCAUUUGAUACCUUCAUCGUUGCUCUUGCUCUCUUCAGUAUCACUGCCCUCAAGCGGACCUCCACCGCCAAGACGGAGUUGAAUGAGUGAGCGUGUAUCCCGCUCGAUAGCCUCGAUCAGAGACUCGGUCAGCGGCCGCAGCAUUUUCUGCAGCAAACGCUCAUCCUCGUCACCUUCGACGUCGUCUCCACCGGCUGCAGCAUCAUCCUUAUCGUCGUCGUCUUCGAAGUAACGUACCAGUUUGGUCUCGAGAGCAUGGGCCUUAUUAUCCAGAUCUUCUUCGUCUUCCUCAUCUUCGCCAUCACGCGCGGUUGACGUCGGAGAAGGCGCCGGUAGAGCUGCCGCGUACAGCGCUCCAUACAAAUGAGCGAGACGAGCAAGCUGGCGCGACUCGAGAUGCUCGUGCUUCGCGUACAACAGCUUCGUCCAUCGGUCCACGACUUCACUCUUCAUCUCGUCGGUCAGUUCAGCCCUCCAGCUCAACUGCAGCUGGAAUGCGGGCUGUGACAGCGAAAAGCGCUGGAUCUGACCAGUCUGUUGAGCCGCUCGCAAUUCUUGAAGCAGCCGACGCUCAUUCGUGGCGGCAGCGACCGCAGCAGCAUUGGUU